CAUCAACAGCUCGCUCGCUUGACUGGCAGGCUGCAAACGAGACGUCGGUCGUCGGUUCGAACACGGAAUUUCAUCGCUCUUCGAGUCCUGAGUGCUGCUUGCUGCUGGUACAGGAGAAAGUCUGACUCCCGUCUUACAGCGAGGGUUUUCCCCGAUUAUUUCACGCGCAAUUCUGUGUAGACUUUGUGCCGGGAAGGAACUUCCGGCACCCGUGCGCUUCCUGACGUUGUGAGAAAGAUUGUGAAACGAAACCAUCUCCAGUGGGGAGCGGUGGUGGGAUCAAAGCUGAAGGACGAAUAGUGUUUAGAAGGAGAAGCAGCUGCUACCGCACAGAGGAACACCACAACCAUGAAUAUACCGAACCAAUAUCUGGAGAAGACUGAAGACGUUGCGGACCAGGUGAUCCGCAAGGGAAAGCACGUCCUGCCGCAUGUGGCCCGGCUCUGUCUGAUUGCGACCUUCCUGGAGGAUGGCAUCCGGAUGUGGGUCCAGUGGAACGAACAGCGCGAAUAUAUGGACAUGAGCUGGGGAUGUGGCAAGUUCCUCGCGACGGUCUUUGUGCUCAUCAACCUGGUGGGGCAGAUCGGUGGCUGCGUGAUGGUGCUGGGCCGGUUAAAGGUGACCAUCGCCUGCGGAAUCCUGUUCUUCAUCGUCGUGCUGCAGACCAUCGCCUACUCGAUCCUGUGGGACAUUCAGUUCCUGCUGCGAAACCUGGCACUAAUCGGCGCCCUGUUGUUGGUAUUGGCAGAAUCUCGAGGUGAAGCUCGCAGCCUGUUUGCCGGCGUUCCAUCGCUCGGCGAGAACAAACCGAAGAACUUCAUGCAGCUGGCCGGACGUAUCCUGCUGGCGUUCAUGUUCAUCACCCUGCUUCGGUUCGAGCUGAGCUUCCUGCAGGUCCUGCAGGACAUCCUCGGGUCCAUCCUGAUGGUCCUAGUCGUGGUCGGCUACAAGACGAAACUGUCCGCACUGAUCCUGGUGGCGCUGCUGACCGUGCUCAAUCUGUACCACAACGCCUGGUGGUCCAUUCCGGCCUACAAACCGCUGCGGGACUUUUUGAAGUACGACUUCUUCCAGACUCUGUCCGUGAUCGGUGGACUGCUCAUGAUCGUCUCGCUCGGCCCGGGAGGCGUCUCGAUGGACGAACACAAGAAGAAGUGGUAAACCAGAGACAAAGCAAGCGAGCGUGGAACGAUCCGCCGUCUAUCCAUCCACCGCCUACUUAUUUGAUUGAUAUUCGUUCCGUCAUCGUGUGAAAGAGACAAACCGAGAGCAAGCGAAUAAACUGAAAGAGAGCGAGAGGCAGCGCGAGCGACACA